CUCUUCCCUCCUCCUCCUGCCGCUCCUCCCGCCGCCGGCCCGGCCCGGCUCCGCUCGCCAUGGGAGAUGUGGUCUCCACGCACCUGGACGAGGGUCGCCGCCAGCACAUCGCGGAGAAGACAGGGAAGGUGCUGGGUGAGUUCUGCCGGUGCUACAAGGAGCAGUUUGGAGUAGCUCUCUUCAACAGCGUGCGCUAUGAGAUCGAGGGCGCGGGGGGCCCGCAGGCACAGCUGCUCCACCGCAAGGUUCCACUGGAGGACCACGUCAUCUACUCGGGCAACAUCUUCCAGUACAUCGAGAGAGCAAAGUGGAGGAACCGCUUCUGCGUGGUGCCCCACAACUAUGGGCUGGUCCUCUACGAGAACAAACUGGCCUAUGAGCGGGAGCUGCCACCCCGGGUGCUGGUCAACAGUGCUGGCUACAAGGUCCUCACCUCUGUGGAGCAGUACCUGGAGCUGGUCAACAACAGCCUGCCUGGUGUGACCCCCAAAUCUGGGCACUCUCCCAUUCUGAAGUGCCCCACGGAUUUCCCGCUGAUCCUGUGGCACCCCUAUGCCCGGCACUAUUAUUUCUGUGUGAUGACGGGCAAGGAGCAGGAGAAGUGGCGGGCGGUGUUCCAGGACUGCGUGCGGCACUGCAACAACGGGAUCUCCGAGGAGUCCAAGGUGGAGGCUCCAGCGUUCACGGCCGCCAUCCGCAUGUACCGGCAGUGCAAGGAGCAGUACGGCACCUGGGACAUGCUCUGCGGCAACGAGACCCAGGUCCUGAGCAACCUGGUGAUGGAGGAGCUGCUGCCCGAGCUGAGGAGCACCAUCGGCCCCCGGCUGAAGGGCAAAGCCCCGGAGCGCCAGCGGACCUGGAUCCAGGUGUCAGAUGCUGUCUAUAGGAUGGUCUAUGAGCUGGCCAAGGCGCAGUACGACGCAGCAGUGGCCAGGUGUGAGCAGGAGCGGCCGCAGCUGGAGAGCACCAUCCGCACAGACAUGGACCAGAUCAUCACCUCCAAGGAGCACCUGGCCAGCAAGAUCCGAGCCUUUGUCCUGCCCAAGGCAGAGGUGUGUGUCCGUAACCACGUCCAGCCCUACAUCUCGUCCAUCCUGGAGGCCCUGAUGACCCCCACGAGCCAGGGCUUCGCCGAGGUGCGGGAGGUGUUCUUCAAGGAGGUCACCGACAUGAACAUGAACGUCGUCAACGAGGGUGGCCUGGAGAAGCUGGUGGAGUACAUGGAGAAGCUCUCCCACCUGGCCUUCCACCCCGUGAAGAUGCAGUCGUGCUAUGAGAAGAUGGACCAGCUGAAACUGGAGGGUCUGCAGCAGCGAUUCGAUGUCUCCAGCACAUCUGUCUUCAAGCAGAGGGCCCAGAUCCACAUGAGACAGCAAAUGGACGAUGCCGUGUACACCUUCGAGACACUGCUGCACCAGGAGCUGGGCAAGCUGCAGGGCAAGGACGACCUGUGCAAGUCCAUCCAGCGCAUCCUCGAGAGGGUGCUCAAGAAAUUUGACUAUGACAGCAGCACAGUGAGGAAGAAGUUCUUCAGGGAGGCCCUGCUGCAGAUCACCAUCCCCUUCCUGCUGAAAAAGCUGGCACCCACCUGCAAGGGGGAAUUAGCCAAGUUUCAGGAGCUGAUCUUCGAGGACUUUGCCAGCUUCAUCCUGGUGGAGAACACCUAUGAGGAGGUGGUGCUGCAGUCAGUGAUGAAAGACAUCAUGCAAGCUGUGAAGGAGGCGGCCGUGCAGCGGAAGCACAACCUGUACAGGGACAGCAUGGUGAUGCACAACAGCGAUCCCAACCUGCACCUGCUGGGAGAGGGCCUGGCCAUCGACUGGAGCGAGGAGUACAGCGGGCAGCCCGAGGCCGAGCCCGCGGCCGAGCGGCGCCGCAGGGCCAAGCAGGUGGUGUCGGUCAUCCAGGAUGACGAGGGGGCCCUGCCCUACGGGGCUGAGGCAUUGCUGCAGCCCAGCUCCCCUGAGCCACAGGAGCCUCAUCCCGGGGUACCCCCCAGCCCCGUGGAUGCGGUGAAGGAGAUCCGGGAGGCGCUGGCACAGGAGAGCCUCGGGGAUGGCGCUGGGGCAGAGGAGCGGCUGAUGAACGGCACAGACACCAGUGGUGCCAGCGAGGAGGGCGUGCUGCUGGCAGGGGCUGCCCAGGGGGAUGGCACACAGCAAGGCCCAGCCCGUGACGGGGAUGGGCUGCACUGUGCGGCAUCGUCACCUGUCCCUGGAGCUGAGAUCCCAUCAGGAGCUGGGGGAGAACGUGCCACACCAGCACUGUCACCUGUCCCUGGAGCUGAGAUCCCGUCAGGAGCUGGGACGCGCCGGGCUGCACCAGCACCGCCUGUGCCUGGAGCUGAGGCGUCAUCGGGGGGACAGUGUGCCACACCAGCACUGUCACCUGUCCCUGGAGCUGAGGUCCCAUCAGGGACUGGGGGACAAGGUCCUGGACCAGCAUCACCUGUGCCCAGAGCCGAUGCCCCAUCAGAGGCUGUGGUGCCACACGUCACACCAAGAUCAUCCAUGCCAGCUUCCCCUGUGUCUGGAGCUGAUGUCCCAAUAGAGGCUGUGGUGCCACAUGCCACACCAAGAUCAUCCAUGCCAGCUUCCCUCGUGUCUGGAGCUGAUGUCCCAAUAGAGGCUGUGGUGCCACACGUCACACCAAGAUCAUCCAUGCCAGCAUCCCCCGUGCCCAGCGCUGAAUCCCCGUCAGUGUCCAGCGUGCCACAGGCCACAGCAGCAGCAGCCAGCCCCCGAGCCGAUGUCCCAGCAGAGGCUGAGGUGCCCCAUGUCACAGCAGCACCGCCUGGAGCCCAGAGCCCGUCACCAGCGUGCCACCAGCGCAGUGACAACGAGACAGGCGAGCACGGGGGGCAGGCCAGGGCCACCACAGAGAGCGGUGAGGGGGUGCAGACUGAGUUCUAGCCCCUGCCCCUGCCAUGGACUGGCCCUGGUGACACUGGGGCUGGGGGAGGGGGCUAGGACCCCCGGGAUGGAGAGCAGCACACGGGAGAGGGAGGGGAUGGGGACACCGAGACCUUACUGCCGCGGGGGGCUGCCCACAGCCACAGCCCCUGCUGGGUCGGACUGGGGGUGGCCCCAGUCUGGCAUGGGGCAUCCCCUGCGCUCUGCUCUGUCCUUCUUCUGCCUUAUUUUCUUUUCUACUGAGGAGAUGCUUUACUGAAGAGCUUUAUCUGCCCCCCACACCAGUGCCUGGGGCUGCUGGGGGGGCUGGCACUAGCCCUGCUGAGGGUGGGGGUGCAGGACCCUCCUGGCUGUCCCUGGGGUUGUCCCUGCCCCAGUCUGGGGGGGUUUCCUGGGAGCCUGCCCUGCUCCUCCAGGAGUGCCAGUGGAGCGGGGGCUGCAGGGGAUGAUGGAAAACAGGAUGGCAAACGGGGACAUGACAGGGACAGCAACACUGGGGAGCUUGAGCCACUGCCGAGAGGAAGAGUGGGACAGGCAUGGGCUGCUGGUGCCCAGGCCGGGCUCACAGCACCCAGGCCGGGCUCACAGCAUCCAGGCCGGGCUCACAGCAUCCAGGCCGGGCUCACAGCACCCAGGCCGGGCUCACAGCAUCCAGGCCGGGCUCACAGCACCCAGGCUGAGCUCACAGCACCCAGGCUGAGCUCACAGCACCCAGGCUGAGCUCACAGCAUCCAGGCCAGGCUCACAGCACCCAGGCCGGGCUCACAGCACCCAGGCUGAGCUCACAGCACCCAGGCUGAGCUCACAGCACCCAGGCCGGGCUCACAGCACCCAGGCCAAGCUCACAGCACCCAGGCCGGGCUCACAGCAUCCAGGCCAGGCUCACAGCAUCCAGGCUGGGCUCACAGCAUCCAGGUUGAGCUCACAGCAUCCAGGCCGGGCUCACAGCACCCAGAGCCCAUCCCCAGCCAUCCUCAGCCCAGGGUAUUCUAGGAGCUAUUUUAAGUUCAGAGUUAACUCUCUGGGGGAAGGUGGCACUCACUGUGUCCCAGCUGUGCCUGGCAGGACUGGGAUAAUUCCAGGCUCAGCUUGCUGUGCAGUGGAGAGAUCCCAGCCCCUGCCCUCCAGAUCUCCUCAGCACCUUCCAUGGAUGGUUUCUCUGGCUUUGGAGAUUUUGGCACCUGCUGAGAUGGCUGAGCAAAGAGCAGAGGUUUGCUGACCCCUCUCUAUCAGGGGGAUGGGGACAGGACUGCUGCAGCCCCCACACAGUGAUGCCAAAAGCCCUGGAGGUGCUGGGGGUCUGCAGGACUGCUGGGUGUGACACCUGGAGCAGGGACAAGCACCCCACCACCCACCUGUGCUUAGGUGCCACCGUUCCUGCCUCAGAAGGGGGGUGCCCAGCCUAACCCACUCAGGGGGGCCCCCAAAGUGCCUUGGGAGGCCCCCCUCAAAGUGCCUUUCUCUGUGAACUUCAAACCUGUCUCUUCCAGGAUAUUUUAUUAAGAAAGU